AUGCUACCCAUCGUCAACGUACUCGAGCACGUCCUCAAGCUAAAGCGGCCGCUCUCGAAUCUGGCUGCGGAUCGUUCUGGGAAGGAGCCAUGUCUGGAGGAUCUCUACAUUUGCUCUUACACGCCAACACUUUCAGCUCUGAUCAGAUCUAGACAGUUGAUGAAGAAGCGCGUGCCUCCAUCCUUUGUGGCCAUCGGACAGGGUCAACCGGGUGCAGGGAAAGGCAAGGCGCUCUUGGCCGUCGACAGCGAGCUCGAGCUUGUCCAUAAGCUCGUCCCUGCGACAGCCAACCGCACCACUAUUUCUGGCAACGCAGCCACACGAGCAGGUGCGCUCGAAGCGUUGCAGCAAAACACAUGGGUGCACCUUGCUUGUCAUGGGAAGCAGGACCCUAAGCAGCCUUACGAUUCGCAUUUUGUCAUGAGAGACGAACAUUUGACGCUGCUCGAUAUCAUGGAGAGACAUGUUCCGCAGGCCGAGUUCGCGUUCUUAUCAGCUUGUCAUACCGCCGUCGGCGAUGAGGAGACGCCCGACGAAGUGAUCCAUCUCGCAGCUGGUAUUCAGUUUUCAGGGUUCAAGAGCGUCGUUGGCACGCUGUGGGAGGUUGACGACUCUGUCGCAAAACACGUCGUCGAAGCUUUUUACGGGUAUAUUUGGAGAUUUGAAGGAUGGUGGUGUCAUGGACUGUACGAAGGCGGCCUGGGCACUCAACUGUGCUACGCACGCGGUGAAGACGAAAGUACCGCUCGAACAGAGAAUGGUUUUCGUUCAUAUCGGUGUGUAGUCCCACGUCGUAUUGCUAUCUGCUAUCUCGGUUUCGUUUACUCUGUCACGUUUUUGUCGCUCACCGAAGUUCUUAUGUACUUGACUCAUUUGCAACUCCGUCUGUUACUUGGGUACUUAGAUAGCGGGAGUUAG